AUGGUGACCGCUAGAGGCACGCACAAGAAGAAGGCACCAGAAGCUUUGAAGGCCACCGCUACUCGGUCAGGAAAGCGAGCUAAGAAGGCAUCCCAGACACACAUAAACAAAUCAUCCGAACAACAGGUGAAGACUGAUGUAGGUCUCAUUCACUGUCAUGGAUCUCGCGAAGAUGUUACUGUCAAUUCCCUUGCAACUCCAUCCGUUAUCUUCCUUAAGUCACUUGAUGAUGACUACCCUGCUUCAAACAUGAAGGAGGAGAAAGGUCAGAUAAGUGAUGGAGAAGUGGGACUUCAUGAGCGUAGGGUUCAAAACACAGCUGCUGAUUCAGGAGGAGCAUCAGCAAGCCGCAGCAGGCUUGAUACUUCAUCAUUGGAGCAGAAGGUUGAAGGUUUAGAAGCGCUGCUUGAGCUUUGUGCAAGAUUGUUCCAGGAUGGAAAAUAUCAAGAGCUUGAGGUGGUGCUUAAGCCUUUUGGGUCUGAGAAUGGGUGCCCAAGGGAAACUGCUAUAUGGUUGACUAAGAUUUUCAAGGAAAAAACUAGUGCCAAGUAA